CAGGAACGUAGGUUCAGCAGCAGGCAGGUAUGGCGGCAAUCAGGAUGCAGACUGGGAACGGACACAGGAGCGUGGAUGCAGCAGCAGGCAGGUAUGGCGGUGACCAGGAUGCAGGCCGGGUGUAGGAUCGUGGGUGCAGCAGCAGAUAAGUAUGGCAGUCCAGAUACAGGUAAGUAGGUGCAGCAGAGUCAGACAAGCCGGGUCAGGAUCAGACGAGCAAAUCAAGUACAAGGGAGCAGGCAAGCGGAUAGUCAGGGAUAAGCCGGGGUCGGUGCAGGCAGAGUUCUUUCUUAGUCAGGUCAGAUCAGGAUACAGGCAACAGAAUCAGGUAUGGAGUGCAGAACGU